AUGGCGUCUCUGAGGCACCGCCGCGGCAUCGGAGCCGCCAAGGGCUACGACGAUUACAUCCAUGACGACGACGGCAGCGGGACAGCACCUGACACCGACACCGCCACGGAUCCGGAGGAGGAGGAGGAGGACGAUGACGAGGAGGAAGAAGAGGAGGAGGAAGAGGAGGAGGACGGCCGCCGCCUGCACCUGGGACUCCACUCCAUGACUGCAAAGGGCAUACAACACCUGUGCUCUGAGCUCCUCGAAAUCAAGAAGGCCUCGGAGCAAGACUUCAGCGCUAAUGUUUAUCUCAGCUACCUCUCCUUCAUUAGGAUGUUCCAAGAAGCUGGUGAUCUGGACAAGGACGUUCACCACCUGAAGCGUCAGGUGAUGGCACACAGGCGGCUCGUCCAGCAUCUCAGCACCAACUGCCUGUACUCAUCGUCGUCGUCAUCGAUGGUACUACCUAGUUCCGGCGGUUCCAAGGAGGAGGCCGCCGACAUGGACGGGAUUGGAAUCCUGCCAUAUCAACGUGAACACGACGAGGAGCUGGAACUGGACGUGCUUCUGUCCGAGCACCGGAUGGACGAGGCGCUCCAGCUCCUGGAGCUGCAAGGCCAAGCGCUGCAGACGAUGCAGCAGCAGGCCGCCGGCGCCGACGACGACGCCGAAGCGAUCGCGUUCGCGUCGAGCGUGCGCGCGUUGUCCGCCAGGAAGGCGAGGGUCGCCGCCCGCCUGGUCUCCGUGGCGGAGAACCCGCGGACGCCGCGGCCCGAGCUCCUCAGGGCGCUCUCCGGCCUCUGCAGGCUCGGCGACGCGGAGCGGGCGAACCACCUGCUCUUCGAGCUGCACCGCGCCAGCGUCGUCCGCGGCGUGGAGGACCUGCGCGCGUCGCAAGGUCACGUCCACAACAGCGGCGGCGCCGGCGGCGGCAACUACAUCAAGGACCUGGCGCGCGUGGUCUUCUCCUCCAUCAUGCGGACGUCGAGGAGCUUCGUGGCGCUGCACGGGCACCCGUCUCCCUACACCCAUCGGCUCGUCCGGUGGGCGAGGGAGGAGAUGGAGGACCUGAGCGCCGCCUUCUCCGAGUACGUGAGGUCCAUGUCGUCGCCCGCUACUGCCGCCCACAGCUUGGCUCUGGCGCUGGAGGCCGCCGAGUGCGCGGUCUCCUACUCCCCCCUGCUGAGGGCCGUCGACGUCGUCGCCUCCGAGCGAGACGUGGUUGCCCUCGUCGUGCCCUGCGUCCGAGACGCCGUGGCCAUGUAUGGCAGGCAUCUCAGGGAGGUGGUCCGGCUGUUGGUGGCUUCCGACGCCUGGGUGCUCGGCAGGUUCCUCAUGCCACCUGGAGUCGUGCAGGCUGCUGCUGGAGCACCGCAGACUGAGUACUGCCUGCUGACAACCAACGGAAGGAAAUUUGUCACCCUUGUACAGGAGGUUGUGGAAGACGUAGCCUGGCCGUUGCACAGCCUUGGGAUUGGGACGAACGAUUCAGUAGGCCUGCAGCUUGUGGCAAAGUUGUUCAGGGAGUACAUGCACUCCAUCGUGGAGCUCAUCCCCAGAAAGGAAGCAGCUGCUCUCCAGCUCCAAGACGAAGCGACCGGCGACGAGCGGUACACGUGGCAGCUCGCCGUGCUAAUCAACUGCACGACGUUGGUGUCCCUGUUUCCGACCAUGGCGUCCGGCGUCUUCAGGACACCGCCAUCACCACCGUCGUCGUCGGGUUUUCCGGCAUCAGCACAGAGGGAAGUAGUGGACAGCCUCAUCUCGCUGAUCAAGGAAGCGUCCGGGCAGGUGUGGAGCUGCUUCUGCCAGCAGUUCAUACGAGACACGAUGUCGUCGUCAGCGAAGGGCCGCCGCUUCGGAAGCGGAACACCGCCGCCGCAGGCGCAGGGCUCGAUGAUGCCUUCUAUGGCUUUACAGGUGGUGUUCCUUCGGGUGAGGCGUCUGACCGAGGUGUAUGGCGCGAUCUUGAGCGGCGAGGACGGGACCAUGAAGAAGCUGCUGCGGGAGCUGAUGGAGGCGAUGAUCUGCUGGCUCUCCAGCAACCUGGACUCGUGGGCCGUCCAUGGCGCCGCCCUGGUCCAGUUUGAUGUUCAUUUCCUGCUGGAAUUCGCGCAGCUCGGUGGUUUCUGCUCUGAGAGCAUCAGGAGCAGUGCGCUGGACCUGCUUAUCAAAGCACAAGAGAAGGUGGCGGGUGGCGAACUGGAUGACGUCGAUGAGGUCGGCGGCGGCGGCUGGGCUGCCGAUGCUGCAAAACACGCCGUGCAGGUGCUACUAGCAAUGGGGGAUGGAGGCGUAGCUGCCGUGGAAGCUGGAGAGGAAUCCGAUGAGACGGCAAGGAGGAACGGCAGUGACGAAGAAGCAGGCCAAGAGGAAGCACCCGAGGAUGAGGAUGAGGACGAGGAUGAGACAGGGACGACCAACAAGUCCAGCGACGAGUUCAUAAGCUUGGAGGACGAGGAGGACGAAGACGACGGCGUGAGAAUGCCUGCUGCAGCUUUGUCAUCAAAGAAUCAGAAGCCCGGGUAUUCAGAAAUGGGCGAUGGCGAAGAGAGGACGAAUAUUCGAUCAGGCCAUCAUCCCGAGCUUGAGCAGGCUGAGGGCGGAAGUGACGACAACGUGACACAAGAUGAAGAAGGGAUGUGCCAUGAUGCCAUACAGCAGCAGGUUGAAGAGCAAAGCAGCAGUAGCUGGGAGGACAUUAUUGAUGGCGAAGGAGGCGGCGGUCGGAGCAGCAGGACGCGGCGUCAGUCAACUCCUCUUGUGAUGGUGGCAGGGAAGAAUGCUCCUAGCCGGAGCAGAAAAAAGAGGGAGGCAGUGAGCAGAAGCAGCCAGCCCAGAUGGCAUAUAUAA